UUUACGCUAUUUACGUUGGCUGCAAUUAUAACUCAUGUUGAUGAGGAGUUCGGAUGUGUUAGAGAGGGGACGACUUUGCUUGGGACUGUUUUUGCAGCUUUGAUCAGAUUGAGCUGGUGGAGACCUAGAAUGUGACUGGAAUGGAAGCCUAUUGACUGAGGCCCUGAUUGGUGGAAGGACUGGAGACGAGGCCCUGAUUGGUGGAAGGACUGGAGACUGAGGCCCCUGAUUGGUGGAAGGACUGGAGACUGUGGCCCUGAUUGGUGGAAGGACAAGGUAGGAGGGAUCAUGUUUCCCAGCAUACAGAGCGACAGGAAGAGGAAGCUGAGCGUGACCUCGAAGGGUGCGACUGACGAGUACUGUCUGAGAAGACCGAAGGAGGAUCCAGCCAAGAUGAAGAACAAGACACCCAGCAACACACCAGCGAGCAGUAAGAGGAAGGCGUGGUCAUGGGAGCAGUAUCUGGAGGAGGAGGGGACCAUGGACGACACCUGCACUGCUGCUCCUGUUACACUGUUCACUGAGGCCCAGUUGUUCCCCAGCAGUAAGAAUGGGUUCAAGGUGGGAAUGAGGUUGGAGGGUAUCGACCCGCUCCACCCCUCCAUGUUCUGUGUCCUGUCGGUGGCAGAGGUGAUUGGCUUCCGAAUGCGCCUACACAUUGAUGGUUACUCUGAGUGCUAUGACUUCUGGGUAAAUGCCGACUCCCCCGACAUCAGACCAGCUGGCUGGUGCCAGGCAACAGAACACACGCUCCACCCACCUAAAGGCUACAGUGAAGAAGAGUUUGACUGGGAGACUUACCUCCUCUCCUGUGAAUCCCAGGCCUCCCCAGAGGCCCUGUUCACAGACCACAGCAGUCCCCAGGGCUCCUGCAGGCUGCAGGUGGGCAUGAAGCUGGAGGCUGUAGACAGGAAGAAUCCGUGUCUGGUGUGUGUGGCGUCCGUGGCUGACAUUGUAGACCACCGCUUCCUGGUCCACUUUGACAACUGGGACGACACCUACGACUACUGGUGUGAUGCCAGCAGCCCUCAUAUCCACCCUGUGGGCUGGUGCCAGGACCAUGUACGACCUCUUACUGCACCUCAGGGACAUCCGAACCCAGAACACUUCCUCUGGGAGGAGUAUCUAGAAGACAAUGGCUGCACCGCAGUACCCAGCCAGGCUUUCGCUAUGAGGGCCCCUCAUGGUUUCAGGGUGAACAUGAAGCUGGAGGCGGUGGACAGGAGGAACCCCAUGCUGAUAAGAGUAGCCACCAUCACUGACACUGAGGACUACAGAGUCAAGAUCCAUUUUGACGGUUGGCAGGAGAAGUUUGACUUCUGGGUGGACUCUGACCAGAGUGACCUGCAUCCUGUGGGCUGGUGCUCCAGCACUGGGCACCCCCUAGAGCCCCCCCUCUCUGCAGCAGGUUCCUCAGACCUCAAGCCUGUCUCUGCCCAGGGGGUGUGUCCUACGCCAGGCUGCAGAGGGGUUGGACAUAUCAAAGGAGCAAAAUACUCAGGACAUCACAGUGCCUUUGGCUGUCCUUACUCAGACCUUAAUGUGAAAAAGGAGGUUGUGGUUCCAGACCGCCUGGGAGGAGAGAAGCAAAUCACCUUCGUACCGGUCCACUUCGUCCAGAAGACCAAGAGGCUCCUCCCUGACGACCACCAGCUGGACACGCCCCCUGACGACCACGCAGACAGGUCGGGGGGGUUUGAGGUGUCAGGUGGUCGUCUGAGGGCACGUCCCCCUGGGGGUGUGGCCAUGGUGAAGAGGGAGGAGCCAGCAACUCAGGGAAACAAGCUGCUGUCUCCCCAGGGCAAAAGAGGCAGGCUGCCCAGCAGGCUUGCCCAGUCAGCCAGGUAUGUGCGUGUAAAGAAGGAGGAGGAAGAGGAGGAGGAAGAUGAAGAUGAGGUGCUGGCCAAUGUGAUGACAGAGCGGGGUGUGGGGGUGGACAGUCUCCAGCAGGCUCUGCACCAGUCUGUGUUCCUGUCGACGGUGUCAUCUGGACCGGGUCUGGAUCUGCCUCUGUGUUGGGAGCAGCACUGUAAGCUGCUGCCCGGGGUGGCGGGCGUGCAGGCCAGCCGUGUGGAGCACUGGAGCGUGGAGGAGGUCGCUGACUUCCUCCAGUCCCUCCCAGGCUGUGAGGAGCAGGCGAAGAGGUUCAGAGAGGAGCAAAUCGAUGGAAAGGCCUUCCUGCUGCUGACGCAGCGCGACAUAGUCAAGAUUAUGAGUGUCAAGCUUGGUCCCGCCCUCAAGAUUUACAACGCCAUCCUCAUGUUUAAGCAUGCAGAGGACAGCAAAUCUGCACCCAGCCACACCCUCACCUGAACUGACCAAACUAGACUCACUGAUUCAUCAUUCCAAUCCGACCCCUCGCCCUACACAUGAGAGCUGAACUCCUGGGACCCACCAGCAUCUCACUGUCUGCCUUUUAUAACCACACACACACACACAUGCUGUAUUUUAUAUAUACUGAUUUUCCCCUGGUCUGUCUAGCUGACAGAGUAUCAAAUGUGACAAUCACUUCACAGACUGGUGCUGUGCUUCUCUGGGUCACACAAACACGCUCGCACACUUGCGCACGCACACAUGCCCACACAUACACACACAUGCCCACACAUACACACAC